AUAAGGGCCAGCAGGGGCCUGCUGCGCCUACUGGUAGGCUCAGAAGGCUGUUAUCAUCCAUCCACAUGGUUAAUCACCGACAAAUACAAGAGAAGACUCCAGAUCCAAUACCAGAGGAAUCCAGCUCGCCGGUAAUCGGAGGUCUACUGAAUGACGCAGCGACGUCGCAAUAUUUCGCGCUUGAUAUUUUCAGCAUCAAUUUCCAGUGGAUUGAAGGACUUCUGUGGUUGAAGAUGGCCCAGAGAGAGAGAACUCCCAUUAAUGGGAAUCAAAAGGAAACCCUGAAAUCCUUUUUUACGAAUGGAAUGACACGAGUUGGGUCAAAAUUAAUUCCAAGUGCUGCAUCUGCUACUGGUUUGGACACCAGUGUCAUAGAAAACUGGAUCGGUAAUUACAAAAGAUCACAAAUUUCAAAACCUUUGUCUGAACCCCGUCAAUCAAAGGCAAAAGUUCACGUCAGAGAGCUGUCGCCUUACAAUCUUUUUUGUAGGGACAUAUUCAAAAACAAAGGCACAAUGAAUGACAUUAAGGGCAGGUGGGCCACAUUGGGGGAAGAUGAAAAGAAUAAAUACUUUCAAGAGGCAGCAGCACUGAGGGCACAUGGGCAGACACAGGACCUUAGCCCAGAGAUGAGGGAUGCCCGAAUUAAAAUGCACCUUAAGAAGCUGAAGUUAGAGGUGUCCAAGCUUGAGGAUUUGGGUGUGGAAACAGCCAUUCUAUCAUUUGACCGCCAAAAGUCCUCAUUAGAGGUGUUUGAACUGAGCAGCAAAGGAGCCACUGAUUUCCUUGAUACAACGGAGACAGUGAACAACUUCGCACUGCAUUUCAAAGCCAGCUCCUCACCCGCAACACCCAGUACCAGAGAACAUGUCAGUGUUCUGGUAGGAAAAGUGCAAGAUCUAUUCAACCAAAAAUAUAAGGAGGCCGGAGGUACUGGGAGGCUUCCCUACCAGUCCCUGGUAAAUCAGGGCAUGACCAUUAAUGUAGCUGGACUGCCCACAAGUCUUACCCUCAGGAAGCCUUCCUUUUAUGGAAGGAACCAAUUGGUCGAAAUUUUGAAAGCUGCAGAGGAGAUUUCAUUUGAAAUAAAUGCAGAACAAUCCAACCCCACUGACUUGGGAGAGGGGAUGUCAGAGCACAUGGAUGCAGAAGACACAUCUGGCAUGCAGAUGAAGUCGGUGGAGGAAAUUUUAGAGGCCAUGUGUGAAAAUGGUGCACAGCAGAUGGAAGAGUCCUCAGAAACAGCCACUACUGUAGCCAUCGUGAUGACUGCAGAUAAAGAUGGAGACAAUGUGUGCCGUGUCUGCCGUGUCCAUUUUGAUGACAAAAAUAAGAAUGCAAGAAAGAAGUGGCGUUCAUGGUCACAGUGCACAGUGUGCCAAUCAUGGUCACACACUGCAUGUGGUUUUAAAAAGAACAUGUGCCUUCACUGCCAGUGUCAAAACACCAUGCAAACACCCUGAACCUAUGCUAUUUACUGCAUUCCAAAAUGUAUCCUGUUACUUUGAGUUGUUUUUACUGUGUUGACGGCCCCCAACCCAUCCCUACAAAUACACACACACUCAUAAUAAAUACAUACAUACAUGCACGUUUUAAAAUGUAUUAAGUCCCUUUCUCCUUUUUCAUUAAAAUAUACUUGAUGAACCUUGCUCCAAAUUUAUUGUAAUGGUUACACCUCACUUGUAAGAAGAAAACUGAUCUUUUUGUUUUCAUUCACCCCCA